CCUAAACAUCAGGUUGGUAUGGUCCUGGACGGCGCAAAGUUUUCUUCCGCAUUGUGAGCAAGCAGUGCUUGUGUUACAGAAGAAGCCAAGAGUGCAGACAUGGCGGGUGUGGAAACAGAUGCCACCCAUCCAGAGUCCAUGGCGACCGAAGAGGAGCCCCUUAUAAGCAAUCUAGACCUGUUCCUCUUCACGCUCAUUGCUGGAAUUGUCAUCUAUUGGUUCAUGUCCCGCAAGAAACCCGAGCCAAUCCCUGAAUUCAAGAAGCUCGACACUCUAACCGCCACCAGCACAAGAGAAACUAGUUUUGUUGAAAAGAUGAAGAAAACGGGCAAGAACAUCAUUGUGUUCUACGGCUCCCAGACGGGAACAGCAGAGGAGUUUGCCAACAGGCUUUCCAAAGACGCUCAGCGCUACGGCAUGAAAGGAAUGGCUGCCGACCCGGAGGAAUAUGACAUGGCUGAGUUGUCUCGCCUCUCUGAGAUUGAGAACUCCCUGGCUAUAUUCUGCAUGGCCACCUACGGAGAAGGAGAUCCCACUGAUAAUGCCCAGGACUUCUAUGACUGGCUGCAGGAGAAUGGCGAGGAAGACCUUUCCGGGGUCAACUUCACAGUGUUUGGCUUGGGCAACAAGACGUACGAACACUACAAUGCCAUGGGAGCCUAUGUGGACAAAAGACUCGAAGAACUGGGGGCCAAACGAAUCUUUGACCUCGGCAUGGGAGACGACGACGCCAAUCUGGAAGACGACUUUGUUUCAUGGAGGGAGCAGUUCUGGCCGGCCGUCUGCGAGCAUUUCGGCGUGGAAGCCCUGGGAGAUGACUCAAGCAUCCGCCAGUACGAGUUGAAGGAGCAUACUGACCUCAACAUGAACAAGGUUUACUCUGGAGAGAUCGGUCGCAUCAAGAGCUUUGAGAACCAGAAACCGCCUUUUGAUGCCAAGAAUCCCUUCCUGGCCACAGUCACGGUCAACCGCAAACUGAACAAAGCAGGCGGCCGGCAUCUCAUGCAUCUUGAGUUGGACAUUACGGGCUCAAAGAUCAGGUACGAGUCCGGAGACCACGUGGCAGUCUUCCCCACCAACGACACGGCCUUGGUGAUCAAGCUGGGGCAAAUCCUCGGCGUGGACCUUGACUCCGUUAUCUCCCUCAACAACCUUGACGAGGAGUCCAACAAGAAGCAUCCGUUCCCCUGCCCUACCAGCUACCGCACAGCUCUGACCCACUACCUGGACAUCACACACCCGCCCCGCACCAACGUGCUGUACGAGCUGGCCCAGUACGCCUCUGACCCAAAAGACCAGGAGAACAUGCGCAAGAUGGCCUCCUCCUCUCCGGAGGGCAAGGCACUGUACCAGAGCUGGGUGCUGGACGCCUGCAGGAACAUCCUGGCCAUUCUGGAGGACCUGCCCUCCUUACGGCCUCCCAUUGACCACCUGUGUGAGCUGCUCCCACGCCUCCAGGCGCGCUAUUACUCCAUCGCCUCCUCUUCGAAGAUCCAUCCCAACAGCAUCCACAUCUGUGCCGUGGUGGUGGAGUACGAGACCAAGACGGGCCGCGUCCACAAUGGAGUGGCCACCACCUGGCUCAAGAACAAGACGGUGGUGGACAACAGCCACAAGUCCACCGUGCCCAUGUUCAUCCGCAAGUCCCAGUUCCGCCUGCCCUUCAAGGCCACGAACCCGGUCAUCAUGGUGGGCCCCGGCACUGGCAUCGCCCCCUUCGUGGGCUUCAUCCAGGAGAGAGGCUGGCUCAAAGAGCAAGGGAAGGAAGUUGGCGAGACGGUGAUGUUCUUUGGCUGCAGACAUGAGAAUGAGGACUUCAUCUACCAGGAAGAGCUGGAAGAGGCGAAGAAGAAGGAGGCUCUUACUGGUCUCCAUGUAGCCUUCUCAAGAGACCAGGAGGAGAAGGUGUACGUGCAGCAUCUUCUGAGGGACCACAAGGAGGACAUCUGGAGGCUGGUCCACUCACAAAACGCUCACAUCUACAUCUGCGGAGAUGCAAAGAACAUGGCCAAGGACGUGCAGACGGCCUUCUACGAGAUAGCGGAGGAGCUGGGAGGCCUGACUCGGACGCAGGCCACAGACUACAUCAAGAAGCUGAUGACCAAGGGACGCUACUCGCAGGACGUAUGGAGUUAAAUAAUCGGGACAACUUGCCACCUCGCCCUCUUCUGGGAGUUUUAUUUGUAUUUUAAUUUCUUAUGUCAUAGGUUUUUUUUGGAGUUAUUUUCUGCCUCCAUAAUCUUAAUUCAACUAAAGUGAAACUAAACCCCCUCUCCCUUUUUUGUCUUGGACAGCUCUGUGAGGUUGGCCUAGAAUCAGGUUUAUGUUCAAGGCCCCUUCCCAGCUUGGCAUGGUCAGAAUAUGUUAAUUAUUUUUUCAAUAAGACCUUUCAGAAACAUGCCAGGGACCAGUUUAGGUUGUGUUCUGAGCAUCCUAGGUCUUGACUGUGUACUACUUGGGGCUGUGAUCGAUGACUGAUUGGUAAACCAAACUAAAGCUGUACCGCAAUUCCCCUGGCUGCACAUUCUGCAGCGCCACUGUGACCCCAUCGCUUUUAUUGUUAAAUACAUUUUUAACUUGGGAGAAUACCCGAAGUAUAAUGGCAAUACUUCAUACUUAUAUAAAUAAAUAAAAGGAAAUGUACGCAAAAUUUUGCAGUUUUUGCAAAACUGCAUUUUAUGCAAAUUAUACUGUCAUAUUUUUACCCCCAUGGAAUUUGUAAACCCAUGUGGUUUGAUAUAGCAACGGUUUGAAAAGUUCUUCUUGAAUACAUUGAAAUGCAUAAUAUCUCUGACUAUCUGGCCUCAUGUAAUGGAUCUGGAACUUGCCUUGGAUUAGUUACCUGUGUGUUGUGCAUUUCAUACAUUGUUGCUCUCCCUUUUAAUCAAUAUAUUAUUAAAAUGGCAAAGAAUUUUGUUAUGCAAUUUAACUCGACUCCACUGACCCCUGUGGGAAGAUUGUGCAAUUAAUUACGAAUAUAUAUAUAGCCUUUGAACACUAUAAAACACUAUAAAUAAUGAAUUGGUACCCUGUGAAGUUUUAGUACACGGUACAGUGGGAAUGGCUGUCCAUGGACAGCUUAGUUGAUCGUACAUUAUGCAUUCAAAGUUGGAUUAGAAAAUGCAUCAAAUAUAUUUAGAGAAACGGAAUAUCCAGACUAUUUUCGACGAGUGUCUAGCCGAGAAGCUUGGUGAAAUACUUGUGGAUCAUUGCAUGUUUUAUCAGUGUAUGGAAACAGUGUUGUCACGGGCAUGUCCACAGCCUCUGAUGUGGUGCCCAUUCACCCCCGCUUUGCUCUUCUGAAUCAUGUUAUUACUAUUCAAUCAUUUUGGGGAGUUUGGAAAGGUUUCAACUGGGUUACUUGUCAAAUUUAGCCUGUGCCUUAUUUUUUUCUAACAAUGCCUUUUGUUUUGCUUAAGCAUUAGUACUGGAAUGAAUCAGUUCAGUUUAGAAAGUAAAAUGCACGAAACACCUCAUGUCACCAUUUUUGUCCUUUUGAAAAUAUUUGAAGUAUAUUUCAUAUGCAGGAAUGCCUUUUUUAAAUGAAUAAAAUUUUGAAUAAUUUCUCU